CCGGGAGGUGACGGGAGGAGACGCGCGGGGCGCGUGUGCUGCCGCUGCCAGGUGGAGGCGAUGUCGCUCCUCCUCUCCGCUCCGCUCCGCUCGGCCACAGAGCUCAGUCUGCUGGGUGAGAUCAUUACCAGACACCGGGCUCCGGGACCUGACAUUCACCGAUCGGAAAAGAGAGAGAGAGACAGAACGCGCGCACACAGACACACACAGAGAAAAACCCGCGACCGAGCGACAGAACGCCACCGGCACCAGCGGCUCCUGCGUCCUGCGUCCUGCGUGCUGACGGCUGGAAGCGCGCUCUGGUCGCUGACAUUUCCCCGCUGGAUUUGGGCUUGUAGUCGGAUGCGGGCUUGUUUUGACUGCAGUCAUAGUGCUACUCACCCCUCCUCCUCCUCCUCCUCCCCUACCAACCGAGUAGCGGAUUUGCGAGGGAUCUCAGCACUGUGCAGCUCCGCCGAGUGACCAGCGACCAUGCGAAGUGUCGGAGACGCACUCUGCGCCGCCGCGGCUCUUCACCACACGGGUCGACCCGCAGGAGCCUCUCCGAAGAUCUAAUAUCUGCGACGAAUUGGACAUAAGCGCCAAGUUGCCGAUUGGAUUUUCUCUCCCCGCGCGGCGACCUCGCUCCUGUCAUCAGAUCGGCUGCAAAUCCUAUUUUCGCUUUUUUCUCUCUCUCUCUCCCUCUCUCUCUCUCUCUCCUUCCAAAGCACCGUUGACGCCAUUUUCCUCGGGGUUUUCUGUCAAAAAAAGAAGAAAUAAAUAUACAUAUAUAGAUAGUGUUUUGGCACCGUUUGACAGCUCCCCGGGAGGCUGUCAUCCCAUCCGUCGCUUGCGUAAAGACGUGUCCAAAUGGAUUGUAAAUGAUCUUGAUAAAAUAUUUACGCGUCAGAGCCGAGUGUGUGACAACAUUAGACAUGGACUGUCCCUGGCUUCGCUGUGUUCCUGUGGGACAACGGACCCAACCCCAGUAGCUGAUUGAUAACAACCAACCAGUCGGACAGACUACUGUUCUCUCUCUACCAUUUGGCUGGCCGCCACAGCUUCCCCCCAUCCUGACUGGCUCUGGCUGGAGCGUGGAUGGAGCCAAGGGAUCUGGUUGGCUCGGCCCGACCCAAAGAGGUGGAGUUACAGGGAGGCAGGGUGGGGCCAAAUGAAGAAGCCCGGGAAGGAGCGCGGGGCAUCGGUUUGGCGUGCAGCGAUGAUGUGAUUAGCGGUGCCAUCAGUGAGGGGGAGGGGCUUGAGGAACAGGGGGAGGGGCUUCUCGAGGAGCAGGAGUUCUCCAUCAAGGAAGCGAGUUUCCAGGAAGGAAGUCUAAAGCUGAAGAUCCAGACCACCAAGCGCACCAAGAAGCCCCCCAAGAACCUUGAGAACUACAUUUGCCCACCGGAGAUCAGGAUGACCAUCAGGCCUCCAGUUGGAGAGGGCAAAGCGGGGCGGCAGGGACGAACAGGAGGUGGGGCAGGAGCGGGGCGGGGCCAGAAGGACGAGGAACGCGGACCCCCCAGAAAAAGGACAUACGAGCGCCAGUUCAGAAUGCCUGAGCAGAGAGAGGGAGGCCUGCUGCAACUACUAGGGGAUCACACUCCGCCCAAACACCAGCAUCGCAGCUCCCUCCUUCCAGCACACACACUCAUGCACACACAGCAAUCACAGCACGCCCUCACGCAACAAUUCCAGCACACUCAUGCACACCAACACCAAAUCAAUCCGGACUGGAUCACGUCUACAGCACCUUCUGUGUCCCCGGCGAAUCCUGCAGAUUCUGAGCCAUCCAGAGAGCUUUCAGGAGCCAGUAGGAGCACUUUGCUCGACCCCGCCCAACCUUUCCUGCGAGCAGCGUCACAAAGCCCCUCACCUCAGAGAUCCCUGACUCCGGACCUGCAGUUGCCCGUGGUUACAGAUGCCAGUAUUCUCAACCUGACCUCUCUCAGCAGGGGGAGGGGUUUGCAAGAGGUCAGCGAACAGCUCUUUGGAAACAUAAAGAGGAAGUACGGCAGGAAAGACUCCCAGAGGAUGCUCUGUAACCCCCACAGCGCUGAUUCACCGUGGGGAAGACAGACAGAGAAAGGAUCGGAGUGCCCAAACAAUUCAGACGAGAGGCAGAGGUACAGGAAAGAGGAGACAGUUGAGCGGUUCCAUGAAGACAGAGAGGAAAGGAGAAAAGAGGACAGAGAGAGAGCAAUUGCUGGGAGGAAAGGAGAUGAAGAAGACAGAGGGAUGCACAUGCUGACCGAAGAAGUGAAGGGAAGAAAGAGACGGAGGAGGCCUUCUUUUGACCAGUCAUUUUCUGUAGAGGAGCAAUCACAGCAACGGCAAGACUCUGACAAUACAGAAAAGCACCAGCCUGGCCCGCCCGAACCUAAAGUAGCACAUAAAAUGGAGUCUCACAAAAAUGAUUGUCGUCUCACAAGUCAGGCUGAUGUCUGUGCAGAGAGGAUAGAAAAAGCUGAGAGAGCAGAUAAAGGCGAUAAAAGAGAAAAAGGAGAGAGGGCAGACAGGGCAGAAAGAGGAGACGCAGUUACAAGCAGACCUGACCCAGAGUCAACUUUCAGUGUAAACAGAAUGAAAAAGAACCCCGUGGGUCGUCCUAGAAUCAGCACAGACACCCUUAAACACAGAGAAUCUACUCACAAUCUUAUCCACAAACCCAGUCUUAACAUAAACCCCAGACUCCCUAGCCCAAAUCCCAGUCCCAGUCCCAGGGGAAGCAUCAGCCCUAGCCCAAGCCCUAAAUCCAGAGCUAACAUUAGCCCCAGUCUCAGCCCUAGACCCAGGUUGGCCCUUAGUCCUAGCCCCAGUCGCAGCACAGGCUCCACGGCCAGUUCCAGACCAACCAAGGCCAAGGACAGGUGGUCCUACCUGAAAGCUAAAAGCCAUGCCAGCCUCACGUCACCCCAGAGAGACAACCGGGGUAGCCUGUUGACCCUAACCGACCCUCCUUCAGCCUUUCCCAUCACCCCCUCCAGCCCCCUUUACGCCAACACUGACAGCCUGACCGUCCACGCACCCAUAAAGAGGAAACGAGGACGCCCCAAGAAACAGCCACUCUUAACAGUGGAGACCAUCCACGAGGGCACCUCUACGUCUCCUCCAAGCCCUCUGGCACAGGAAACAUCAGCAGGGCUAAAUAGUAGGAAGAAGACACACACACUGAACACAUUAGUGCAAAUGGCAUCCACGACCACCAGUGCCAAUUCUAACAAUCUGAAACUAAAGCGUGGUAGGGGCCACUCCAGGCCGGUGAAUAAGAUGAAGCUUGGGAAAAUGCAGAGCAUCCUGAAUGAGAUCCUUUCUGUUUCCAGUCAGAAUGGCAGUCUGCCUCUGAAGUCAUCUUCCGCCCCUGUCACCUCAGCAAUGAGUGCCAUGGCAUCCACCAUUGAGGCUCGGCUCGGAAAACAGAUAAAUGUUAGCAAGAGAGGAACAAUCUACAUUGGUAAGAAGAGAGGGCGGAAACCUAGAGCAGAAACCCAAGGCUCCAACCUCAACAAAACCACUAGGGACAAGCACCCCCUGUCUGUCUCCACAGCCAGUCUCUAUGAGAGCCCUGUAGUGCCUUCGACCACCUUGUCUCCCAGCCCCAGUGCUCUAUCCAUAAGAGCCAGCCACUCUGAUACCACUAUGCCCAGUUUGCAGCCCAUCUCAGCCCUGCCCUCAAAGCCGGCAAUCAGGGGCUUCCUUUCUGGAGGGUGGAAGCUGUCGCCUCCACGCCUUCUGGCAAAUUCACCCUCCCACCUGUCAGAGGUGGCAUCAGUGAAGGAGGUGACCCUGUCCCCCAUCAGUGAGUCCCAUAGCGAGGAAACUAUUCCCAGUGACAGUGGGAUAGGGACCGAUAACAACAGCACCUCAGAUCAAACUGAGAAGGGUCCUAACUCUCGACGCAGGUACUCAUUUGAUCUGUGUGGGUUUGAGGCUGUGGAGGCAGCAGCUCUGGAGGCAUCCAACAGGGGCAGCAGAACACGCUGUGAACGACAGGUAACUGCUGUUGACAGCUUCCUGUCACAGCAGGAAAAAAAGCAAAAACAUCAUCGGCGGAAGAGGAAGUGCGUACAGAGCCGGGAUCAUCUUCACUUUCUCUCUGAACUUGAGGAGGUUGUGGUAAAGCUCCAGCAGCUACGAGUGUCUCACAGACGAUACGCCUGCUUCCCCCAGCACCCCUACCCCUCCAUCUUUCGCCUCAACUUCCAUCAUUACUACCCAGUUACCUAUGAUUCCUACUCCUGUGACUCCAGCUCGUACCUCCGCAGGAGUGCUGAACUGAAGGCUAAGAGGAGACGCGGCCGUCCAGCCAAAGCCAGCGAGCCAAUCACAUCGAAACUGCCUUUUGUUCAAGGAUAUAGUUAUCCGCUGGCAGGGGCAAAUUUCUAUGCAGCACCGUAUGCGAUGCCUUACGCACCUCCUCUAAGUCUUGGCUACUUUCCCCCUGCUCCCCAAUUUUACCUGCCCCACCACUCGCUAGGACCUGCACCUCCUUCUCCCUUCAUGAGGCCUGCUGUCCCCCCUCCCAAGGCUUUUCACUCCAGUGGACACUCCAAGCUCCAGGCAGGGGCCAAGCUUCGCAGCACUAGUGGCCCACUCCAGGGGCCCUCCGUAAGAGGAGAGGGCCUUGGCUCCCUGGGCAGUGGCAGUGCAGGUGGUCUUGCAGGGGUUCGCCUCCAUAAGAGGAAGCACAAGCACAAGCAUAAGCACAAAGAUGAACCCCUCCUUUCACCGCGAGACCGGCAGGAGCUGGGUGGGCUCUUCAGUGGAGCGAAGACCACUGCACGUCUCAGCAUGUUGAGUGACAGGAGGGACUUGUCCAGUCAGGGCUCUUCCAAGCUUCUGGAGAAGCAGAGGGGCAUUGGUAGAGGCUCAAGCCUGGGAUCCAGCUUAGGGAUGUUUGAGUCAGACCAGCUGUCCACACACUCUCUUGCUGACAGCCAAUUACACUCCCGUCAGACUGGACAGCCUAUAAACAGCUUCAUGAGCAGCUACAGUAGCCAAUCGCAACGAUCAGAGUUAGCCUCUGAUCUCUUUCUGGGGUCACGGGAGGACGAGUGUGGGAGGAGCAGAAAGACGAGGCUCGCUGUGUUUGGAGAUCAGGGCUUAAUGUCAUUCCAAACUGCCAGGCAGGAGCCAGGACAGAUGAACAAGUGCUCCAGUCCCUCCCUCACUGGUGUUCCCAACAAACGGAGGUAUAAACGUCGCGAGGUGGAACAGAUCCAGAAGGAUGUCAGGAGAAUGCAUUCUUUGAACUUUGAGCAUGUGCAGAAGAUCCUCCGUGCCAAGCGCUUGCAGCGACAAGCUAAAACAGGAAAUAAUGUCGUCAAAAGACGGCCUGGGCGGCCCCGAAAACAACCCCUGGUGGAAUCUGAGCCGACCAGAAGGAGGGAGGAAGAUCGUGCUGAUGGUCGGAUUUUGGACAUGAUGGUCAGUAGGAGAGGUGAUGGAAGGACUCUGGGGAUGCCUGUCCUGGAGAGGUGUGAUGACUUGCCAGGUAGGCAGGGCCUCAGGCCAAACCUGACUCCCGAGCCUCUCGAGUUCUCCAACCACGAUUCCAUCUCUGCAACGAUCGAGACAGUGGUGCAUCAAGCGCGGUCAGUGGCUCCGCUGGCCAGAGGGGCGAAACGCAGAGGCAGGGGCCACAGCAGGGAUGAACUAUGGGCUCCGUCCAGUCAGUAGACCUGCAGGAAAGAGCAACUCCGUAACUGACCGGAGAGCAGUUAGCGGAGUCAGCCUAUCAGAUGCAGUGCCCUUAAUUGUGGAACUCCUCUGUGCACUUUGACUCGUUUCUCCUCUCGGGUUCGGUGAGAGAACUAGAGUGGGUCAGUGGAGAAGCAGGAGGAGGGAACACUUCCAGUGCCAUCCGUCUGUUCGCUAAACCCACCGGAAGAUGAGCCUUUCAAGGAUUCAUUGGACCUUCAUUUACAAUGGCACUAUAUGGUACUAUGGUACACUAUUUGAUACUGAAUCUGAUGCUAUACAAGUGUGUGGUACUUACAAUAGUGUAGGAUAUUAUGUGAUUCUCUAUGUAUCUGAUACAGUGACGUGUAUGGUACUUUAUGAUACUGUAUCCGAAUUGUGGCUUGAGCCAUAUAUUUACCAGCAAGGGGAGGGGAAUGGUUGAUAUAAAACUGUGCAGCUCUGCUUAUUUUUGCCUUUCUGAGGAAGCUUGUCAAAGACGUGGAAUAAUACAGCAGUAAUUUAGCCACCUUACCCUAUAACAUAUCCCUGUUUUUGCUCCCACUCGAACCUAGACCCUCUUUGUUUUCGUGCUCUCUCUGAGAAGUAACUAAUACUUCCUGGCAGCUCCUCACCCCUGGUCCCCGCCCCUGCUUGACUCUCAUCACAAUUCUUUCGCCCUGCCUGGUCCCUGCUGCUCAACUCCAUCUCCCUUUGUCCUCUCAUUUACUCCCAAUCAUGUUUAGCAUCUCCCGUUGCUUGUGCUCCCUCAGCAUAGCCCCUGUCUCAUUUACUUCUCCCUACCUGCUCAGGCUUGUCCUGGGCAGUGACAUAAAGGCAAUAUGGCGGAUGAGACUGUCCCAGACUGUACAUAGAAACAAAGUCCACUGUUGCCUGCCUUGUACAAUGGGAAACCAGCUCAUAGAGAUGUACUGGCAUACAGUUUAUCAAAUAGAAUUGUUGUACCAUAGACAAUGGAAGUUGUGUAUUGUUUUAUAACCAAAAACAGACGUGGGUGCGACUCAAGACAAGUUUGUUUUCAGACAGAACGAACCACAUAUAUUCAUUCAUACACUCAUUAUCUUUGUUUAUAUCCAGGGGGCAUUGCGUACAGGAGGAAUAUCAGGUGUGUUUUUGGUAAACCUUAAAAUUGGUUUAAUGCACUAUGAAAAACCAUACACUUGCAUCAAUCAAAUGCAGCACUUACAUGCUUGUUCCAGCCUUAUGUUUUGGCCUUUGAUGGUGUGGAUAUCCAUUCCAGAGAGCAUGCAUUAUUUUAAUCAAUUUGUAUAUGCAGGCUUCGCAGCCAAAAGCGUCAAACCCAACCCGGUCUGAAACGUGAUUGGACCGUUCAGCAGAAGUGAGCUCUCAGUCAGUGUUUUGAAAAGCGAAUCCCAGUCUUUCUACUUAACAUUAUUUUCAAUCCAUAUCUUUGGAAAUAUUUUUGGAAAGUAAAUCUAGUAUUUAGGGUUAGAAACCAAAGUCUCAGUAUUCAGUGUAAGGAGGUAUUAUUUAAAAAAAAAAAAUCUAAAUCCGAGUUUGACAAACUCUCCACCAUGUUGGCACCAAUGUAAAGCAUUUCUAUGUGCACUCUAGAAUGUAGCCAUCUUGGAUUUUUGUGUCAAUAUGUUAAGCAUUUGUUAAACUCUAUCUACAGUAUCUGUGGCUUUGGGUAGUGGUUGGUAUUUUCUCAAAUAAGUAUUUCAGAAUAUAAGCAAUUUCUUCGGCAACUCUGUUAAAGUUUUGUUUCAGGAGAUUUUGUUCCUCCAGUGGGGUGGGGUGGGAUUCUCUCUCAGUUUCAGCAGUUCAACUUGUGCCUUAUGUUUCUUUCUCUCACCACUUAACAUUUGACCCUGAGGAAUAUCAAGUGGCAAAGACUGCCCCAGAAAUUUAACCAUUUAUACUCAUGAUUGUGCUUAUGACGCAUGUGUCUUAUUCAUCACAACCCUGACACCGCCUGUGUCCCUUCACAGCUUCCAUAGUCAGCAUCCUCUGUCACCGGACACCAAGUCGCUCUCCCUGCCCCCUUGUAGUUUCCCGAGCGAUAUCAUCAUAACAGAACUAGAAGGGCUGGACUUGUGAAGAUAAUGUGAUGUUACUGUUCUGAAUGCACAUCAUGUACUGGCCUACAUACUGCUUCACAGCAGUGGUGGAAGCAGAGAGGUCCACUAUCACUCCUGUGAUACUCUCACGUGGUAUUGAUUGUACACCUUGUCCCGGAUAUAUAAUUGAAGAUCACAUACUCUGCCCAGCAUAUAACCAGUUAUAUACAACAUAUAACUGGUUAUAUACUUGGCAGAGGAGGAACAGAGGAGGUUGCCAUGGGAACCACAUGCUCACAUUCAUUGUUGUUUGCUAUGCAUCAGGCCAUGCCUGGCAAUGACCUUAAGAGGAAUUUCUGUUCUGAGUCCACCCUUCGACAAAGAGAAAUAAGUGGUCUUAUUUACUGAAUAAAAUUAAUUCAUGUAACAAGAAUUGUGAAUAAUACCAGUAAUAAUUUGUAAGUUUGUGCAGAAAGUGACUAUCAUUUCAUGAGAACUAUAGUUACUGCAACUCUAUGCAGUACAGCCUUAACCAGAUGUAAAACUACAGUAUUGAAGUGUUUGUUGUAAAUAGUGUUAGUAUGUCCAUCCUGCAUGGAUACCGGUUGGGCUCGGCUAUGCUGGGUCUGUCUCCUAAAACCACAGUAGACCUUCUUUCUCUAUUAAGACUGCUCGAGACCCAAGAAAACAUCCUGGAAUGAUUUUCCUAUUCAACAAAUUCUGCUGUACAGUGAAAUUCUUUCUUCCAGUCCGUUAAAUUACACAGAAUGCUGGAAUAAUUUUCCCCAUCACACCGUUAAACAAUUUUUGCAGGAUACAAACCCAGCCGUAGUGCAGUCGACCAAAAAUAGGAAUCCCCGCUGACUUGCAGCUAUUUUGCCUGCGGCCAGUUGGGGUAUUGCAGUAACAUGAAGAGCAAGCAAGAGGGUUGUGUGCGGGGGGAGAGUUCUCAGAGGAAACAGCCAAAAAUACACUCGUCCUAACGUUAGUGUGCUUAACCUUGCUUUGCCAGAUGACUUUCAGUGGGUCUGCAGUCUGUUGUGGUAAAGAUGAGGUCUAGCAUUGUGGUCCGUGAGGUGUAGAGACUAAACGCUUGGCAGCUUACUCCUCCAAACUGUGGUCAGUCAGUGGUCUCUGAUGUAAGAGUUAAAGACUCCAGGUGUUGUCUGUCCUGUCUGUCUCUCCUACCAGCCAAUGCUCCGGUGCCUUCUAACACUGACAAGUAUUGUCCCAAUCCAGAGCUUUCACUCUACACAGAGGCUGCAUAGGGAAUGUGGCUGUGAAUAGGGUUCAAGGUCCCUGUUGUUGUAUUGUAUUAAGCAGCCAAUCUGGACCAAUGGCCACAGGAGGCCCCCGAAACACUGAUGUAAGGAUCUUUUACCUUGUCUUCGGUGCUCGCAUCAAGGGCAGUGUACAGUGCUUGCCCUUAAACCAGACCGGUUCCCUACAGCAGCUAGGAUGAGAUAUAACGGCACCUAAAUUUUGAUCACCCCCGCCCCCCCAUUCCCUAUGUAGCAUGCUGUGAUGAGUGUCCUACAAAUGGGGUGAGGGGUCAAGUGAGACAGAGCCUCAUCAAUGUACAGGUAGUCAUCCUCACAGCAUAUGUUACAGUUCUAAGCUAUAAUGUUGUUCAAAGCUGAAAGUGCAGAUGAAGCAUUGAGAAAACCAAUAAAUGUACUUCUUUAGAGCACAAACUGAGCUCUUCUAACAGUGUGGGCAUAUUUUAGUUUGUAUACAUAGUGUAUUUGAACCUUUUUCUAGAGUGGGUUUCCUUUAUUUGCAUGCUCAACUUGAUUGUAUGCAUAAAUAUUUUAGACAAGCCGAAAGUUGAAUUUCAAUUGAAUUUGGAGCAAGACUUGUACAUUGUUUGAUAUGUUUCUUUUUGUAAUGAAUUUUUUAAUUCAUGAAGCAUUUUUGUACAUUGUAUGAAUAUUAAAAACUGCAAAUAUUUGACAUAUAGAGUAAAUAUUAGAUGCGCAUGCAUAUGCAUAUAUCCUUCACAGUAUGUAUGUGUAAAUGUACACAUAUAUUUUGUAUUUGCAUUUGCUGGCAUACAGAUAUAUGUCUUAAGCACAUAUAUACAUGCAAUAUAUAUGUAUAUCCAUGUCCGCUGGCAUGCUUUUGGUCAUGUUUAUCUUCCAUGAUCUUGUAGGUUCUUUUUAUUUUUUUUUAUUUUUUUUUAUUUCUCUUUCCUCAGAAAGAAAGCUCAUUCUUUUGCUACCCUUCUGUUGGCUGGCAGCGUUGAGCACUUAUUAAGAAGAACUACAGUUGAAGCUGUUCAUGUUAUCCAUUGUGUGAAAUAAUAAAUGACUUUAUUGACAGCU